AUGUAUUGGAAAAAUAAUCCAGCAUCUAAUUGGGACUCAAUUUUUGACAGAGAGAAUUUGUGCCUCAACGAUCUCAUGAGAGAACAAAAUCUCUUGGAAGAGCUCAAGGGUCAGAACAAAAAACUCAUAGACUUCUUAACAAAGCCUGAUAUUGCAUUGGAACUGGUGCGUCUAGUUACACAAGAACCUCAAGAAAAUGAAAACCCAGAAAAUCGCUUUGUUUUACCAAACUUAGCUUGUGAAAUAUUAACUAGCGAUAUUCAACCUAUGUAUAAUGUUCUUUCUCAUGAAGAAGAAAUUUGGAAAUGUUUUUUUAGUUUUCUAGAAGAUAAUGAACCUCCACUUAAUUCAUUAAUGGCAUCAUAUUUUAGCCGAACUUUAUGUAGCCUUAUAUUAAAAACCGGAAGUCAAGAUUGGUAUACAUAUCAGUUUAACUGUCUCAAGGCACUUGAGAAAGUUUCAGAUAAAGGAAAUUUUAUAGAUUUGUUACUAAAACAUCUCGAUACAUCUGCCAUAAUGGAUCUCAUUAUAAAAAUAUCAACACUUUUAGAAGGACCUCCUUUAAGAAGUAACAUAUUCACAUUAUUUGAAAAAGAACAACUAAUUUUCAAGUUAGUAGAUACGUUGGAUUCAAAAAAUCUUCCUGUUAGACAAUUGAAUGCAGCAGAAAUAAUUUGUGCUAUUGAAGUUGCAUCUGAAUUACAUCCUCUUGAACAAAAUCCACUAGUUAUUUCAAUUGAAUCACCAGAGACUAUAAAUACAGUGUUAGUGAAAAUGUUUGGCCAAAAUGAGAAGACUGAAAGCACAUUAUUGGGCGGCAUUUCGAUCCUGCAAACUUUGUUAAUGGCAACUAAAUUCAAAGGUGAAGAUUCUAAUGAAGUAUAUAACAAAAAGCAAUCAUUGGCCGAGAUUUUGUAUAUUACAAUUUUACCAUUUUUAGAACAUAUUCACAAUGUUUUGUUAAUUCCUCCUAAGAUCGAAAGUUUAGAAUGUAUGGGAAAUGUAAUUGAAAAACCUUUUGGUAAUGUACGUUUGCAAAUUGUGAGGUUGAUAAGUUCAUUACUAAGCAUGCAUAAUCAACAAAUAAAUGAACGAUUUGCUCAACUUAAUACAAUAAAAGUUCUUCUAGAUUGUUUCUUUUGUUAUGAUUUAAAUAAUUUUCUGCAUACUCAAGUAGUUCAAUGCUUUCAUGAAGUUAUGUGUUGUAACCAUUCAAUUGCCGAAAACAGUACAUUUAUAGCUCAUGUUAUCAAAGAUUGUCAAUUAAUUGAAUCUAUUCUUGAUAAUGAGAAAAGUAUUCAACCGGGAAAGAAAAGAAAAGGAUACAUUGGUCACUUAGCAACAAUUGCUAAAAGCUUACAUAACACUGAAGCUUUUUACUCUGAUCAUUUCCGUGGAAUAAUUGUAAAUACAUUAGAUAGUGAUAUUGUUAGUCGGUGGGAUUCUUUUACAUCUACUACAUUAGAAGAUAAUGAAGAAAGAAUUUCUACUUGUUUGGGAGGGAUUCAUCCUCGAGAAGAAAAAGCACUAGAUGAUAGAAAAGAAAUGGAAGAAGAUGAAGCUAUUUAUGGGCGACCUGAAACAGAAUUUAAUAUUAAUGACAAUCAGCUUGGGGUAUCUAGAGUUGAUAUAAACUUUGAUGAAGACGACGACGAUGAUGAUGAUGAUGAUAAGGAUUCAAUGGAAAUACAAGCUGAAAUGUUUAAUCGUAUGUGUUCAGUAAGAUCAUCAGAAAUGAUCAUUGAUGAUGAACCCGAAUGUAUAGAUACAAAUGACGAUCAACCGGGUGCUUUAGGCUUAUUUAAUAAUCAACUUUGGAAGGAUUCUGAUUCAGAUUCGUCUAAAAAGGAUUAUGGUGUUAACAUUUUUAACAGCUCUUAUGACAAAUCAGAAAAUGUAGUGUCUAAAGAUUGUAAUUUGUAUUGGUCCCAAGAAACCUCUGAUUGGGAAACCUUUAGGUCUCAAUUAAAAGCAAAACCAUCAAGUGAGAUGAAAAUUGAUAAUAAUUCUAUUAAUAUUUCAGGUGCUUUUUCUUCAAGCCCUUGGGGAGAAAAUGUUACAGAACCUACACCUAAAUUAGAAACUGGUUGGGCAAAUUUUGAUUCAAGUUUUGGUGAGCCUUUGGUGGCUAAUGGUGAUCCAGUAAUUGAUCAUGAAUUGUUUCAAGAUAUUACUCCACCACUUGUGUUGCCUGAAAAUGCUACAAUGUCAAUAGACAAUUUGAUACACUCACAUUUGGAAGAUCAAGAGACUAAUGGUGAUCCAGUAAUUGAUCAUGAAUUGUUUCAAGAUAUCACUCCACCACUUGUGUUGCCUGAAAAUGCAACAAUGUCAAUAGACAAUUUGAUACACUCACAUUUGGAAGAUCAAGAGAUGACUGAUCAAACAAAUGAUGAUUUACUUGCAUCAAAUACAUCUUUAUCUGAUCAAUUACCCAAUGAUGUACCAUUGGCGGGUAGUUCUCCAAAAUCGAGUGUAAAGGAUUUGCCUAUUGUUCCAAUUAUAUCAACCACUUCAGAUACUUCUUUAGUUGAAAAUUCACAUGAUGUGAAUUCUGUAGAUAGGUAA